AUGAGUGGCUCGAAUACUCCACUCACAUCACUGUCUGAGUUCAGCAAAGAGCUGUCACCGGCAGUGCGAUACACGCCAAGUAUUGUACUCCUCGGGAUGCGUGGCGUGGGUAAAUCGACGCUCGCGGUAAUGGCGUCGGCGGCCCUUCGGUACCGCUACGUGGACCUCGAGCGGUGUGUGUCGCAGGCGACAGGACUUGCCGAGUCAGCAUUCAUCCAGAAGCACUCGCUCAGUGAGUACCGUGCACGCGAGUACGAGAUUAUUCGUCGUGCGCUCGAGCUCAAUACGCACGGGUGCAUCCUCGUGCUCUCCGCGAGUUGCGUAGAUCACCGCGACACGGUACUGCUCCUUGUCGAGUACGGUCGCGCUCAUCCGGUUAUUCACAUUGAGUGUGAGGAGUCGCGCAUCCUCAACUACAUCCGCUACGACGGCCUUUUCGAGAAGGGCUGCAACUUGGUCCAGACCAAAUUCCAGCAUUACAAGCAGUGUCUGAACUUCGAUUACUUCAAUCUACAGUCGAUGCUGGACCUGGAUGAGUCGAAUCGUUCUACGCGUGAUACGUCAGGCGUCAAUGUGCUCGCGCUCAAGGCCGCCGAGACGGACUUUAUUCGCUUCCUCUCGUUCAUAGUAGCAGGUACGCCUUUCGCACACACAGGCGCACACAUCCUCGCACCUGAGCUUACAUCGCACUCGUGCGCGGUGCAGCUACCGUUCCCGGAGGUGAUCGAGAUGGAAAUUCUGGUGGGUCAGAUGACAGUGGGUGCGGAUGCGAUUGAGGUUGUAGUGGAUGUGGUGCGGCUACUCGAGUACGGCAUGCCCACGCGUUCGGUCGAUGAGUAUGUCGCACGCGUACGCCGGUCGUCCCCCGUUCCGGUCAUCCUCACGCUCGGGUUUGAACUCGCAACACCGCUUUCCCCGACAGACAUCGACCGGCUCAAGGUUGUCUAUUUCAACCUCCUCAACUCAGGGAUUCGGCUUGCGGUGGAUUACUUAUCUGUAGAUCUCCGUUUGGCGUAUGAUUCACCGUUUAUUCGCGGCGAAGAGGGUUACUUCUUGCUCAAUGAGAUCAGCAGCAACAGUUGCAACACAAAGAUUAUUGGGAGCUACGCCGCGCAUAACGCGUCUGUGGGAUUCUGGAAGUCUACGGUUCCGAUCGAGGUGUGCGGGUUGGCCGAGGAUUUGGGAUGUGAUAUUGUACGGAUAAGCAAGGAAGCUGAGGAAUUUGGGGAGAAUUUUGCGGUGGUUGAAUUUCUCACCAGUGCGACGCUGCGUUCGUCUGAUUCGAUGCUCAUCACUGCUUUCAAUACCGGCGAGCUUGGUCGCCUUUCCAAGGUUUUCAACCCGGCUCUCACCCCCGUCAAGCCCAGCAUCGGCUCACCCCACCCGUUCCUCGCGGCACAGGCCUCCGCCGGUCAAGUGCUCGCCGGAAAAAAGCCCCUCUUCUGCGUUGCCCCCAGCGACAUCUCCGCACGCGAUCUCCAGCUCGCACUCCAUGCUGCGUUUGUGACCCCCAAACUUCACUUCUACAUUAUGGGGCUGAGUAUCGCCGGAUCCCUCUCACCGCUUAUGCACAAUGCGGCAUAUGCAGUUCUAGGGCUCCCGCACCACCACCAGUGCUAUCAGACAUCCGACGUCGCAGACCUCCAGAUGCUCAUCCGAAGCCCGGGAUUCGGCGGUUGUGGCAUCUCGAUGCCCUUCAAGCUCCAGGCCAUUGAUUAUGUGGACGAAGUAUCAGAGCACGUGCGCCGUAUCGGCGCACUCAACACGAUUGUCGCCGCCCGCGGUGCAGACGUCCGCGCGCCCGCGCGCCUCUUGGGCGAAAACACCGACUGGCUCGGGAUUCAAAAAAUUGUACUGGAAAAUAUUUCUCCGAUUAAUGCGGUGACGGAAGCGAAAACUGCGCUUGUGCUUGGUGCGGGUGGGAUGGCGCGUGCAUCGCUUUAUGCGCUCAUCUCUCUUGGGUUCCGUAAGAUCUUCUUGUAUAACCGCACGGAAGAGAACGCGCGCGACCUCGCGGCGCACUUUAACCGCCAGUCGCCGCUCCGGUUUGGACGUGCAUUUCCACAGCUGCACCACUUUGAGAUUGUUGUGUUGCGCGACCUUGCACUUGCGCGUGAUGCGCCGCCCGUGGGCUUUUCUUGGCCUACUGUCAUUGUGCACUGCAUUCCGGGGAAAGAUUCCGAUGGUGCGCUCGUUAACUUUGAGCUUCCCGAGGUCUGGUUUGAUUCGCCUGCGGGAGGGGUGUUUAUGGAGACCGGGAACGACCCGCUCUGCUCACGUGUAUUAAUCCGUGCGCGCACAUUUGCAUCACGCGGCUGGGUUGCAGUCAACGGUUUGGGAUUUUUACACGCGCAGGCGAUUGCACAGUUCCGGAUGCAAACGGGUAAGUUGGCGCCGAGCUUGGUGAUGAAGGAGUUAUUGACGAAACACUUUUUGGCAGGGCAGUAA